AUGGCCCUUCAGGAAGUCACUCCGUCUUCCUCCGUCCCUGCCUCCUCUUCCUCCCCCGCCUCCCCCGCUUUUCCCACCCCUUCUCGCCUCGAUCCCCCCUCUACUUACCUCCCAUCCCCGCUCGGUGCCUCUUCCGCGGGCCCCGCGCCCGACAACCCCAUUUCCCCGCGAUUCUUCUCCCCGCGCGCAAUCUCUCCCCCGCCGCUUCCGCCGCCCUCUCCCCCGUCCCUCUGGGCGCGCGUGGAGCGCACGAUCAACUCGCUGUGCCACAACCGCUGGCUGGGCCUCAUCUGCGGGCUAUGGCUGCUCGCGUGCGCGGGAAGCUCUGCGACGUUCGCGAUCUACUCGCCGGCGCUUAAAGCCGUGGGCGGGUACAACCAGCGGCAGGUGGAUGGGCUCGCGGUGGCGAAGGACAUGGGCGAGAGCGUGGGGCUGCUGCCGGGACUGCUUUGCGACGCGCUGCCCGUGUGGGCGCUCGUGCUCGUCGGGUCGCUGCACUAUCUGGUCGGCUUUAGCGGGCUCUUUGCCGUCGCCACUCAGCGGAUCAUGCCGCUGCCGUUCUGGCAGAUGUGCGGGCUGAUGCUGGUGGGGUCGCAGGGCACGGCGUGGUUCAACACGGCCGUGCUCGUCACGUGCGUGCGAAACUUCCCGCGCUCGCGCGGCUCGGUGGUGGGGCUACUCAAAGGCGUGGUCGGCCUAUCGGGCGCCAUCUUCACGCAGGUCUACGCCGCGCUCAUCGCGCCGGAUCAGGCGGCGUACCUUGGUUUCAUCGCCGUCGUGCCGCCCCUCGUGUCGCUCCCCGCCAUGACGUUCCUCAGGCCGUCGAAGCGGCUGCGCGCGGGCCACUGCACGGCGCACGAGACGGAGCGCGACGUGCGGCGGCGCGAGGAGCACGAGGCGCAGACGCUGCACACGUUCCUGGUGAUCGCGCUGGGGCUCGCGGCGUACCUGCUGCUCGCCAUGCUGCUGCACGACAGCAACUCGUCGCAGCAGUUCAACAGGGGCAUUCUAGCGGGGAUGGUGUCCUUCCUGCUGCUGCCGCUCGCCACCUUCCUCCCCCCGCUCGUCCCCGCCUCCUCCGCGCUCCCCUCCACCGCGCUCACCCCCACUGCCUCCGUCACACCCCCCAAGUCCCGCCGCCCCUCCGCGGAAGAUGGGGGCGCAGGGGGGGGCGAGGGGGGGCUGGAGAGGAGUCGGACGUGGGACAGCGGGGAGGCGGGGGCAGCAGCAGGGGCAGCGGGAGCAGUGGAAGCGGGGGCGGGAGAGGGGAGGGAGGAGCGGGCAGUGAUGCUGGGGAGUUUCCCGGAGGAUGACUCACUCCUGGGGGGGGACAGGCGCGGCAGGGAGGGGGAGAGGGAGGGGACGGGGGGGCGGGGGGGAGUGUUGGAGCGCAGUGAGAGCUACGACUCGUUGCUGUCUGACAUCAGCCGCGUCAGCUCCCUCGCUGACCUCCAAUCAUACUUCGCUCGAGGGGGAGGGGGAGGAGGGGGGGGCGCGCUAGGGAUGCCCAUGGGCAUGGGCAUGGGCAUGGGCAUGGGUGGGAGUGGUAGCAUGGGUGGGGGUGGUAGCAUGGGGGGUGCUUUGGGGGCUUACUGGGCGACGGAGGGGAGCAGCGGCAGCAGCAUGGGCGCGGGUGGUGGGUCGUCGGGUAUAUUCCUCUCAGUCCAGGGCGUGGGGGGCAGCAGCAGCCCCAUGGGCAGCCAGCAGGCAGGGAGUUCCAACAGCACAGGAGGAUAUUAUUUCCCUCCGCCCGGCUCUAACCCCUCGUCCUCCUCCUCCGCCCUCUCGCUGGCUCCUCCCAGGGCCAGGCCGGUGUUCUCACAAUCCACCUUCUCCCCGCCCGCGCCUGCCUUCACCAUUGGCACCUCCCCCCCGGCUCCGUCGCUUACCCUCGCUGCUCCCUCCUCCUCCUCCUCUGCUGCUGCACCUGCAGCUGCUGCUGCCACUGCUCCAGCUGCAGCUGCAGCCACAGGUGCGCUUACCAGUGGUGGUGCUGCUUCCUCCCUGCGCAGCCCUGUGGGUCUGGCAGCCGCCCUGGCACCAGCGUCACAGCGCUUCUCCACGUUCCGCCCCUCUGCGCAAGGAGGCACCUCGGACUCGGCGGGCAAGGGAGCGCCGGCGUCCCCAUCUAUGGGUGCUGGCGGUGCUGGGGACGUGCUGAAAGAGCCGCUCUUGAUGCGGCAGCAGGAGGAGGAGGAGGGGGAGGGAGGAAGGCGGGGAGCUGGGCCAGUCCCUGGAGCAGCAGCAGCAGUAACUCCGGGAUCAGCAUCAGCAGGAGCAGCAGCAGCAGCAGCGCCAUCCGCACUGCCUUCCCCUCCACCCUCCACCGCCACCUCCUCCCACUUCUCCUUCCUCUCCCGCUGCCUCCCCGCCUCCUGCUGGCCCCUCCGCCCUUCCACUAGCCUCCCAACGCAGCAGCAGCUUCAGCAGCAGCGCCAUCACCAUCACCACACGGAGGAGGAGCGGCGGCGCAAGCAAGCGGAACUACUACUGGCAGUGGGCGAGGGUGCAGUGCGUGUGGGAGGGGGCAGGCGACGGUCAGGGCCGAGGCGAGGCCAGGACUUUACUCUACAGCAGGCGGCAGUGAAGGCAGACUUCUGGCUGCUGUUUGUGUCGUUCCUAUGCGGCACGGGCAGCGGGCUGACAGCGAUCAAUAACCUGGCGCAGAUGGGUGCAGCGCAGGGGUACUCGAGCGUGCGUGUGUUCCUGUCGCUGCUCAGCGUCAGCAACUUCGUGGGGCGGCUGCUGGCGGGAUACGCGUCGGAGCACGUGGUCAAGUGGGUGCCUGGGGGCGGUGCAUGGGUGAUUGGGGUACUUCUCCUGCUAGCGCAAGCCCUCAUGGCAGUGGGCCACGUGUUCUUCGCCCUCGCCUUCCCCUCCUCCCUGCACCUGGGGUCGGUGAUAGUGGGGCUGUGCUACGGGGUGCACUGGUCCAUCAUGCCCGCCACGGCCAGUGAGAUCUUCGGCCUCAAGCACUUCGGCAUGCUCUACAACACGCUCACUGCCGCCUGCCCCAUGGGCUCGUUCGUCUUUUCUGGAAUGAUCGCGGGGUAUUUGUAUGAUAGGGAGGCGGAGAAGGAUCAUGGCGGGGGCAGGGGUGGCGGGGUCGGGGGAUGGUGGGGGGGUGGUGGGGCUUGGUCGUGGAGUGGGGUGGGUGCGGCGGCUGGUGCUGGGGGGGCAGGAGGAGUGGCAGGGUUGGCAGUGGCUGGUGGUGCCUUGCCUGCUUCGGACUCUCUGGCCCGACGCGCCUUGCGUGCAACAUCUGAGAUUUUGACACAUAGCAAUAGCAGCAGUGCCAUCAGCAGCAGCAGUGGCGGCGACGUCAUGACGCACAGCAUGAGCAGUGUGGGCAGCAGCGGCGGAUUGCAUGUGGCGGAGUGGGCGGUGGUGUCAGACAAGGUCGAGGAGUGCUACGGCGCGCACUGCUUCCGCCUCACCUUCUUCAUCAUGGCUGCUGUGUGCCUACUCGGGGUGUGCCUGAACCUCAUCCUUAUUAUGCGCACCCGUGUCGUGUACGCUUCGCUGUAUGCCCAGCCAGAUGCCAAGGCACAGAAGGAGGAGGCAGAGGUGCGGGCUGCUGCGAGAGAAGUGGUUUCAGCAGCAGCUGCUGCUGCACGGAGGGCCCGAUACGUCCCCACAGGCCACACGCUCGGUCGCGGCGCCUUCGGCACGGUUCGCGUGUGCCGCGAAUCCGCAACAGGCGGCGAGGUCGCCGUGAAGACAAUAUCGAAGCGGGUGCUAGCACUCGACAAUCCAGAUUUCGCGGAUGACCUCCGCCAGGAGGUGGCAAUCAUGCGGCUCGUCUCCCGCAGUGAAGUGAGUGGCGUGGUGCGGCUGCUAGAUGUGCGGGAAUCGCGGGAUCACGUGCAUCUCGUCAUGGAGCGAUGUAAUGCCGGGUCGCUCUCGGCCCUAAUCAAGUCGCGCCAACGGCUACCUGAGCACGAGGCGGCUGACGUCAUCAGGCAGCUGCUGACGACAGUAGCAGGGCUUCACAAUAUAGGAGUGAUUCACCGCGACUUAAAGCCCGAGAACGUGCUGCUGUGUUGCAGCAAUACUAGCUGCGUGGCCACUGCUGACUGCCAGAGUUGCAGUCGAACGGGAAUAGACGCGAUCAGCGGUGUUUCCAGCAACAGCGGCGACACAGCGCGCGAGGAUUGCGCAGAGAGAGGACGGAGGAGAAGCGAAGAUAGCAGUUGCUCGAGCAGCGAGAGCGGCAGCACCAGCGCUAGCGCCAGCGGCAGCCCCAGGGUCCCCUCCUGCCCGAGCGGCGGCAGUUGCGCCGAAAGUGCUUGCAGCAAUGGCGGAUGCAGUAGGCCGAGCAGUCGUGGCGGCGCGAGAACCCCAUGCCACUGGAGCGUAAAGCUCGCGGAUUUCGGCCUCGCCGUCUGCCUCCCCGCGCCGUCCGCGCAGAUCCGCGGAGUGGCGGGCACGGCGUUCUACAUGGCGCCGGAAGUGGCGCGCGGGCGGUUGUACGGGCGGGAGGCGGACAUGUGGUCGCUGGGCGUGGUGCUCCACGUGCUGCUGUCCGGCCGCCUCCCUUUCUUCGGGCGCACAGAGGACGAAACGCGGAGAAAGGCGUGUGCAGGCCACGUGGUGUUCUCAGAGAAAUACUGGGCGGGAGUGUCAGGGGCAGCGCGGCAGGCGGUGCUGCAGAUGCUGACGGUGGAGCCCAGGUGGCGGGCCACAGCCGAACAGGUGCUGUGCUGUGACUGGCUGAGGGAAACAGGGCAGUGCUGA